UUGGGGAAGUGUACGGGGCUUUAACGUGACUCUCUCUCUCUCUCUCUCUCUCUCUCUCUCUCUCUCUCUCUCUCUCUCUCUCUCUCUCUCUCUCUCUGGAAUAAUUAAGACAAAGUAAAAGGCGACCAAAGGAUAGAAACAUUGAGAACACGGAAAGGCCCUUCUCGACGACGCAAAAAAACGCACAAAAGACUUGGAAAAGCUUCACCAGGACUUGUUUUUUUUUCGGGGGGGGGGCCCCACGGUAUUCGAGGCGAUAGACUUGAAAGUGUGGAAGUUGGGGAGGACGUGCAACACAGCGGAAAAUACACAGCUGAGCUACAACUACUAGCCACACACAGCUAAGCGGCACAACUAGCCACACUCCGCUAACCGAGCUUUCAAAAAAAAAAAUCACGGGGCUUGACAUCCAGGCACUGCGAAGAAUCCAGGGACUUACUUAAUGAAUUAUGUCUGCCACAAGCAUUGACCCUCAGAGAUCAAAGGGACAAGCAUCUAAAGUGCAAAAUGGUUCAAUGCAUCAGAAGGAGACUGUCCAUGACAAUGACUUUGAGCCAUACCUCACUAGUCAGUCAACUCAGAACAACAGCUACCAGUCCAUCACCGAUCCCUACCUGUCCAGCUACUACGCCCCUUCCAUUGGGUUUCCGUACCCCCUCAGUGAGGCACCUUGGUCCACAGGUGGAGAUCCGCCUAUUCCAUACCUGACCCCCUACGGAGCCUUGAGUAAUGGAGACCAUCACUUUAUGCCAGACACGGUGUUUGGCCAGCCGGGGGGCCUGGGAAGCAGUAUCUACCCCCACAGGUUUAACUUUUUCCCUGAAAACCCUGCCUUCUCUGCUUGGGGCACAAGUGGCUCCCAAGGCCAGCAGACUCAGAGUUCAGCCUAUGGAGGCAGCUACAGCUACCCUCCUAGCUCCCUUGGGGGCACCCUGGUGCCUGAUGGUCAGACAGGCUUUCAUAGUGACACCCUCAACAAAGCACCAGGAAUGAACAGUCUGGAGCAGGGUAUGGUCGGUUUGAAGAUCGGAGGGGAUGUAACAGGUCAGGGGUCGGGAGUCAAGGCAGUGGGAUCUGUCAUUGGUGGUCCUGCUGUAGCGCCCACAGGGAAUGGAGCUACACCUAUUGGAAUGCCUCCACCCAAACCCACAUCCUGGGCUGCCAUUGCAAGCAAGCCCGCUAAGCCACAGCAGCUGAAAGCCAAGUUGAAACCAGGGAUGCCCAAUCCAGGAGGAGCUCUUCCUCCUCCACCCAUCAAACACAACAUGAACAUUGGGACUUGGGACAAGGGCCCAGUGACUAAAGUAGCCACAGCUCCAAUGCAGCAGCAGCCUCUUGGCCUGCCUCAUGGAUUGCAACCUCAACCCCCCAUGCAGCAAGGCCCCAUGCAGCACCCGCCUCCCCAAUCUUUGGUGCAGCCCCAGAUGCAGCCUAUGGCCUUACAGCCCCACCCCUCUCAUCACCAGCACCAUCAGCCACCACCUCAAGCCUACCAAAACCACACCCAGCCCCCUCAACCCCAGACACGCUGGGUUGCCCCGCGCAACCGGAACCAAGGCUACGGUCAGGGUUGCCCUGGCCAAGAUGGUAGUGGUGUGAUGGGUAUGGUUGGUGGUGGGAACAGCGGCCCCCAAACUUCUGCUAACCAGGGACCUGGUGCAGAGUCCCACCCAGUGCUUGACAAGCUGCGUGCCAACCAUAGCUACAACCCCAAGGAAUUUGAGUGGAACCUGAAGAAUGGUCGUGUUUUCAUCAUUAAAAGCUACUCCGAGGACGAUAUCCAUCGCUCUAUCAAGUACUCCAUCUGGUGCAGCACGGAGCAUGGCAACAAGCGGCUGGACUCAGCCUUCCGGGCCAUGAGCAGUAAGGGCCCCGUGUACCUGCUGUUCAGUGUCAACGGCAGCGGCCAUUUCUGUGGUGUGGCAGAGAUGCGUUCGCCAGUGGACUAUGGUACCAGCGCUGGUGUUUGGGCGCAGGACAAGUGGAAGGGCAAGUUUGACGUGGACUGGUUGUUUGUUAAGGACGUGCCUAAUAGCCAGCUGCGCCACAUUCGCCUGGAGAACAAUGACAACAAACCGGUGACCAACUCCCGUGACACCCAGGAGGUUCCUCUGGAGAAGGCCAAACAGGUGCUCAAAAUCAUCACCACCUACAAACACACCACCUCCAUCUUUGAUGAUUUCUCCCAUUAUGAGAAGAGGCAGGAAGAAGAGGAGGAGGUGCGAAAGACCUUUGAACCUCCUCAGAUACAGAGCCGCUCUCGGUUGGAUCAGGAGCGUCAAAACAGGAAUAAACAAUAGAAGACAUUUAUCCUUGGCUUGAUCAACAGUUACACUAGGACUUUUGAUUUAAGAGACAGAUGAAUAUGAAAAUGCAACCAAGCCCUUCAUUUUUUUUCUAUUUAAUCCUGGUCAAUCUCUGCCAUUGUUGAAACUUGUGCUUUUUUGCUCCAUGUACCACCCACUUCUUGUGCAGGGAUAACAAGCUGAUUUCAUGUAUUACGUAGCCGCUACCAACACACUCUUUAGUUCGGGGUCCUUUUUUAGAAGUAUUUUUCCUCCCGUUCCAUCUCGUGCUCUUCUCUCACCAGACUGGUUUCCCGUCCCCUACCCAAACCUCUUUCUAAUUGAAUCAGGGUUUGACUGCACCAUGGAGAAAAAUCUGCCACUUUAUAUUUCAGUACAAUCAGGAACGGAUGUGUCCUGCCCCUGUUUGUCCAUUUGGGGGCAAUAUUGCCAUGCUUCAGAGGUUUUAACUGUGCCAACAGGGUUGGAGGAUCCCAAAGGCAAUGUCGGACUUGGAGCUGUGCGAUAAUAAAACUUCACUGGUUUAUCUAUUUUUCAUUCAGAUCGACAAAUCUCUAUUUUUUGGCUUACUACUGACAAUUUCAUUUCAGAAACCUGUUUUCUGGAGCCUUAAUGUUUUUUUUUUCUUUUUCUAAUUAUUGGUGACUCAAAGAACUGCUCAAACAGUGACACUGCUGGAGAAAUCAGGGAUAGUGUGAAGUCACACGGGACUCGAGACAUUUCUGAGAAAGAAAUGCAAAGGCCUCUGGGAAAGAAAAAAAACGGAUGUGUCCUCCACAACCAGAACUCUCACCAUUUUAAGUCAAAAAUUGUACAAUUGACUUCCCUUACACCCCUCUGCUUUGCUUUCUUUUGAUGUUUGUCUUGAAGGGGUCUUUUGUAUGUUUCAUCGGGAGAUUCUGAUGUGUACGCAACCCAGUCUGAGAGAAUUGUUGCAUCUAACAUUUUUAAAUUGUUUUGUAAUCAGACAUUAUGUAAUGAUGUAACUACUACAUUGAAUGAAUUGUUGCUUUUGUUCCACAGAAACGGGGGAGGGUUCAUGUCUCUGUCCAUUCACCAUCAUUCUGUCUUAAUCCUCGUUUUUUUCUUGGUUGUUUUCCUUGAAUUUUGUUUUGCUAAGUCUGUCAUGUUGGUCGUAAUGCUAAGCUUUAAUGUAGGAGCCUAUAUAUUCAUGGAGAAAGCCUAAAAAAUGUAUAACCUAAAAAUUAAUGUAACUGAUUUACUAUCAAGUAAGAAAAAAAAUAAGAAUGAAAUGUGGUUUCUGUGUGUUUUUUGGUUGUUUCAAAAAAUAAUCUAGACUGAAACCAUUGAUUAUGAUUUAGAAAAGUACUUUGAGGUCUGUUUACGGGGGAAAAAAAAACAUUGGAUAUUAAAACACAGUCACUCACAGGUGUGUGUGUGUGUGCCCGUGCAUGACAAGCUACAGUAUAAGAAGUCUGCUGGGAAUGUUCUACUGUUACCCAUCCUGCAGCGUAUCUGUUCUCAUGUUAUGUCAGAAUGAUCAAAGCCAGAAUGCAGUUUAUCUGUCCUCGGGCAUUUUAGAUCAGCAGGUUCUCUCUUCUCUUGAUUAUAAGAAACCAUUUGACUCUUCUUGAUAGUGAGCUCAUCAUUUUGAAGGGAACUGCUAGAAAUCUGCUGUUUAAUGUGGAGGAGUAUUUUCUUCUUAUUGUGAUUCCAUGUAAGCAUUUAAAUCCGAAGUAGAUUCUUUGUCUUAAAAAAUUCACAUUUUAAACUGACAAUUUAGUUCGAAGUAAUUCACCUAUAAUUCAAACAAAAGUGACAGUUGCAAAUGUUUAAAUUUAUUCUGGCCUGAACUCUUUGUUCAAUAAGAUGAUUUCAGAUUACAGUAGAGAGUUUAUAUGACAUAUGAUGUGCUUUGAUUCUGUCGGAACGUUUUGCCAGUGAGAUGGCAGAAGUACUUCACUUUGCUGAGGUAAUUUGAGUGAGUAUGAUCGCACACUUCAAAAGUUUCCAGUUUUGUGUGUUUUUUUUUUGUUGUUGUUUUUUUUUUUUUUUUUUUACAGGCUAGUGAAUCCAUUGUAAUCUAAAGAACUGACCUCUGACAGGAUCCUUCCUCCUCCAUCUCUUCUCCUUGUAUUACCUGCACUUACCAAUAGCUAGGUUGAUCCAAGCAAUACGCUGAAGGCCCUUCACAUGUUUGCCUUCACGGACGUCUCUCUCAGACCAGCGUAGUCGGAGGGAGCUGAGAAGCGUAAGGACCCGACAGAAGAAGAGCCUACUUUGCCUCAGGAAGCAUGAGCUGGUUGUGAUCAUAGUACAGGGCUUAAUGUACACACUCAUAACCGUCAGAUAAUGUAUGUUGCAAUAGAGGGAUGUCCAGUUAGACAUGAGAGUAUAUGUAUCAACACUACAUGAGGGUUAAGGACGUGAAGUAUUCUACAGUUGAUUCGCUUUAGUAGACCGCAGUAGUAGUUGAAUUAACUUGUUUUAAAAAACCGAUCCUGGUUACUCUUUAUAGAAGAAAUCAAGCCUUAAUAAACUCGUCAUUCAGAAA